CUGGGCUCCUUCUGUAUCCCCAGCCUACUCCUUGCUGUGCUGCCUGCGCUCACCGGACACUUUCUUCCUUGCUGGAUUCUUAGGAUACUGAAUUUUAUUCGGAAAAAAUCCCCAGGACGCUGGAAUUUGUCCGCUGCGUUCUGUCUGAAGCUCCAUCCCAGAGCGGGCAUGGCAGAGCAACUGGAAUGUGAGGGAGCCAUAGACUGGGAAGAGCGAUGUAUAGCCCUGGAAUCCCAGCUGAUGAAGUUCCGUACUCAGGCGAAUAGGAUCCGGGAAUUACUGGCAGAGAAGAUGCAGCAGCUGGAAAGACAAGUUAUUGAUGCAAACCGACGUGCGGAACAAGCGUAUGAGCAGGUUCAGAUUAUGGAAGAAAAGCUGAAGGCUGCUGACGUGCACACCAGCGAAUCCGAGAUGAGAUGGUAUAAAAAGAGUCAAGAACUGGAGGUAUUAGUACAAGAGAAAGAUGAGAUUAUCCAAUGCUUGGAGCAAGAACUAGAAGAGCAGAAACAAAUACGGAUACAAGAAGCAAAGAUCAUAGAAGACAAAGCAGCAAAAAUUAAAGACUGGGUAACGGGAAAGCUGAGAGAGCUGGAAAUUGAGAAUCAAAAUCUCCGAUUUAUCAACAAAAGUUACAGCGAAGAGAUCAUUUCCCUGCGUUCCAAAUCACAAGAUACAAAAAAUAAGAAGUCACCAGUCUGCUCCACACCAAAGCAAGCAGAGGGUCAGCGUCUGAGCAGCCUGACCUUUGGGUGUUUUCACAACAGAGCAAAAAGUCCUCAGCUGGACACAAGAAAAGACGAAAAUGAAUUGAAUGAUCAUAGUGAGGAUAACAAAGCACGCACAAGUCCCCAAUGGCAAGAAACUAUGGCAGCACAGUCAUCAAUUGUACAAAAUAUUGGUUCCAUGGAAAGAACAGCCAAGGGUAGAGUGGGCUCAAAUAUUCCAAGUAUUACCGUGAGUGACUGGAGCUCUGAUGAAGACAUAAAAAAAUCUCAUGAUAGCAGAUGUGCAUCCAGAUUGUCCAGCCAAAUGUCGGAAGAAGGAAACCACAGCAAGCAGCGAGGAAGUGACACAUAUCUUACAGCUUCAGAAGAAAGCAACUCUACGUGUGAAGAUGAUAGUUUGGGGUCUCAAACCAGUGACCCGGUUCAGGUUUUUUCUUUACACAAAGGGCUACAAAAAAGUAAUAAUUUUGGAGGCAAAAAAUAUUUCACAUUCUCAAGUCAACGGGCAAAACAAAAUAGUUCUGCCGAUGACCUAAGCCCUAAAUCCCAACAUCAUGAAUCAAACAACGUGUUCUCCGACAAUGAUGCCACCACCCCAAACCAAGCAUUUACUUCACACAUCACAUCUAAGGUAUCUAACUCAUCUGGACCUCAUUGUUCUAGUCCUAAAGAAUUGGCAACCAACCUACCCUCACCAAAGCAACGAACUCCUAAUAUUUUAAAUGUAAACACAUCUAUGGCAAAGAAGCACCUGAGCCAACCUCAAAUGAGUUCAGACAGGAUGUUUGGGAAGGACAGAAAUGCAAUAAGCAUGGUUAAGCCAUACAGACCGCAGGAGACCGACAUUGAUUUGGUUGAGGAGCAAGCUGCUAACAUUUUGCAGAAGAUGGAUACAGGAUGUGGUGAAGGCUUAUUUUCAUAUGAUGUACCACAGAAUCAUAUGGCAAAUCAGAACACUUUAUCUUCUCCAGAAAGGAUCACUUGUUCGAAACCUCCAACUCCUCCUUUACAUCGAUUUCCUUCUUGGGAAAAUCGGAUAUAUGCCAUUGCUAAAUCUGGUAUGAGAAUGUCAGAAGUUUCCGUGGACCCUAAUAUCAAGGGUAUCUCAACGGCAUCAUGUUCCACAUCUGGUGUCUACACAUCUCUCAUAUACAAGAACCUCAGCACUCCGGUCUACACCACAUUGAAAGGGAAGGCCACUCAAAUAAGCACUACUCCUUUGGAAGAUUCAUCGGGAUCUGAAGAGGAGCUGAGCUCAAGAUCAAGUUCUCGGACUUCGGAGUCAGAUUGUCGAAAUCAGAGUGAAGCCGGAAGUCCUCGGGCUCUGAAAAGAGGCAUCUCUUUUUCCUCCAUGGCAUCAGACAGCGACUACGCCAUCCCCCCUGAUGCUUACUCCAUUGACAGUGAAUUCUCGGAACCAGAACAGAAGCUUCCAAAAACCUGUUCCUCAUCAAGUGACAAUGGCAAAAAUGAGCUCUUGGAAAAAUCGGGAUACUUGUUAAAAAUGGGAGGAAAAUUAAAAACCUGGAAGAGGAGAUGGUUCGUCCUAAAAGGUGGUGAACUGCUGUACUACAAAUCUCCUAGCGAUGUAAUUCGAAAACCUCAGGGUCAAAUUGAAUUAAAUUCCACCAGUCAUAUAGUGAGAGGUGAUGGGAAGCAGACCGUGCAGCUGGUGACAGAGAAGCGGACGUAUUACCUGACAGCAGAUUCUCCGAAUAUUCUGGAUGAGUGGGUCAGAGUCCUGCAGAACGUCCUUCGAGUCCAAGCGGCGAGCGUCCUCUUCACACAGCCGGAUGUUAAGCCGACAGUAAAGGGGCUUCUUACUAAGGUUAAACAUGGAUAUUCUAAAAGAGUUUGGUGUACACUGGUGGGAAAAACACUCUAUUAUUUCCGCAGCCAGGAGGAGAAGUUUCCCCUUGGACAAAUUAAGCUCUGGGAAGCAAAAGUAGAGGAAGUAGACCGGUCCUGCGACUCCGAUGAGGACUACGAAACCAGUGGACGCAGACUCCUAUCCACACAUCAUACCAUUGUCAUCCACCCCAAAGAACAGGAUCCAACCUACCUUCUCAUAGGGUCAAAACAUGAGAAAGAUACAUGGCACUACCAUUUAACCAUGGCGGCUGGAGUGACGGGGGCGACUGUGGGCACAGAGUUUGAGCAGCUGGUUUGCAAACUGUUGAGCCUGGAUGGAGAUUUGUGCACGCAAGUGUGGAGGCAUCCGGCUCUGUGCCACAGCAAGGAAGCCAUACCGUCACCUCUUACUACCUUACCGUCAGAGGCCUUACAGACAGAAGCCAUCAAAUUAUUUAAGACCUGCCAGCUCUUCCUCAAUGCCGCCGUGGACUCUCCUGCCAUUGACUAUCAUGUCUCCCUGGCACAGAGCGCCCUGCAGGUCUGUCUCACCCAUCCUGAGCUCCAGAAUGAGAUCUACUGCCAGCUUAUCAAACAGACCAGACACCGGCAGCCCCAGAACCAGCCCAGUCCUAUUCAGGGGUGGCAGCUCCUGGCCUUGUGUGUCGGCCUCUUCCUCCCUCAGCAUCCAUACAUAUGGCUAUUGAAACUUUUCCUGAAGAAGAAUGCGGAUAUCAGGACGGAGGCUGGAAAAUACGCUAUUUACUGCCAACGUUGUGUAGAAAGAACCCAGCAAAAUGGGGAUCGUGAAGCUAGACCUUCCCGGAUGGAAAUUCUCUCUAUUCUUUUACGCAAUCCAUAUCACCAUUCCUUACCCUUCAGUAUACCUGUGCACUUCAUGAAUGGCACAUAUCAGGUGGUGGGCUUCGAUGCAUCUACAACGGUAGAAGAGUUUCUUUGCACACUUAACCAAGACAUCGGAAUGAGGAACCCGGCCCAGUCUGGAUUUGCUUUGUUUACAGAUGAUCCAUCAGGGAAGGACAUCGAACAUUGUCUACAGGGGAACAUUAAGAUCUGUGACAUCAUCUCAAAGUGGGAACAGGCAUCCAAGGAGCAGCUACCAGGGAAGUGUGAUGGUACCCGGACUGUACGACUCACGUAUAAGAACAGGCUGAGUUUCGCCGUGCAGGUGCGAGGGGAGACGGAGAGAGAGAAACUGCUGUUAAUGUACCAGACGAAUGAUAAAAUUGUUAAUGGCGUCUUUCCAGUAAAUAAGGAGCUGGCACUAGAACUGGCUGCACUGCUUGCCCAGGUGGAAAGUGGAGAUUUUGAGCGACCCCUCCAGGCCACAGCUAGCCAACUAAAGUCAAACCAGACAUUAAAGCAAACAUUGGAAAAAUUUUAUCCAAAGAGAUAUAGAGAAGACUGUACAGAGGAGCAACUACGGCAGCUUCACCAAAGGCUGGCAACCAGAUGGAUGGCUCUCCGGGGUCACAGCACUUCAGACUGUGUGCGAAUAUAUCUUACCGUUGCAAGAAAGUGGAGUUUCUUUGGGGCUACUCUUUUUCCAGCAAAACCUAUAUCCCCAACAGCCUUUGAUGGUCCGCUCGUCUGGUUGGCCGUGCAUGAAGAUGGAAUAAGCAUUCUAGAAUAUGCCACUAUGAGGUUGCUGUUCACGUACGUACACAGGAGUCUAAUGACCUUCGGAGGUUACCGUGAUGACUUUAUGCUGGUAGUUAACACGCAGACAAAGGACAAGUCAACUGAAAAACUUCUGUUUGCUAUGGCAAAAGUAAAGAUUUUGGAGAUAACUUUGCUAAUCGCCAGCUACAUAAACACAGCCCAACAGCAAAAAGCCGUAGCCCACCACCUUUCUGCCCCAGCCCUCCUCUCUGCCCAAGAAGAAUCGAAAACCAAACAAAUGGGAAGCCAGCUGCUGGCCAACAACCGACCAACUAAAGGGCCUACUCUGUUAUAGUGAAGAUAAUGGAAUCCAGAAGAACAAUACUCAUGAUGUUUCAAAGAGCCAAGUUAUGGGUACAGGCACAUAGUCCAAAAUAAGAAUGUUUGGGUCCAAAAGAUGGUGCCACACAGCUUUCAGUAGUGAUUGCGUUUUAAUGGUAAAGUUCACAGAAAACAUUCCUGCCCACUAGGUGUUUGCAUUUUUUCUGUCACAGGGCGGGUGAUAAUUGUGCAAUGUGAUGUUAAUGAUCGGUGCGCCAUCAAUAUUUUUGGCAGAACUGUGUAUUUCCGACUGGUUGAGGUAAAUGAAGGGGAGGAUAUCUCCUGAUACAACCAAUAGUACGAAUCCAACAGUUCUGUUAACAGAGUAAUACUGCAUUAAUUCCUAAAGGCACUUACAAAGGUACAGGUAUAGCUGUUGUGACUUCUUUUCUCUGGCGCAUUUCAAACUGUUUUGUGCUCCUUUGUUUCUGGAUAGUUUUUAUAUAAAUCGUUGAAUCUUGGCACUAGACUCCACCCAUCACCGUAAAGAAGUUGUCCUACCAACAACACUUUUUCUCCAUCCAAAGAAUAAGAGAGAAGUGUAUAAUUGCUGUAGGUCCAACUUCUGGGACCCCAAUAAUCUUGAAGUCUCUUAAUGUAGCUGCACUGUUACACCAUUUACAUACAGUAGGACUCCUCUAAUGUUCAUGGAAAAACACACUGGCCCUUAAAUGAAAAGUAUUAUGCUGAAAAACGUAUCCCCAAUCCGCAGGAUAGGGAAUACAUUUUAGAUUGUGGAGGGAGCGACUGCUGGGAUCCCCCACAAUGUCCUAUACAGGCCUGGCUUUUCCCGGGAACGGAGCGUGA